AUGGGUACUAACGCAUCGUCUGUAGAAUCGUUAAUAUCACCUCGAAUCGCCAUGGAUAAUCAAACCGAUAGCGAGGAAUCUGGGCGACUCGCCCACGACCAAAUGCAACAAUCAAACGACCAAAAACAGGUUCACGAAAGCACCGAGCACGUCCCCGAUGCUCCACAACAAUCCCAAAACCAAUCCGAAGAAGUUACUCCCGUUUCCGGAGAGGAGAACGCACCUUCCGCUGCGAUCGUCGCAGACCCCUCGGAGCAGAAAUCAAACGACAAAGCAAUAGCCGCCGGCGAACCGGAAAUCGCCGGCGACGGCGACGACUCGGCCACCGAGAGCCUGCCGCCCACCGAGGAGCUCAUCGAGGAGCCGCACGACCGCUCCGACGGCUCCGAUUCCGGCCUCGGCUCCGAGCUGAGCGAGGAACGACCGCCGGAGAUGGCCGCCAUCGAAUCCUCCUUCUUGUACGGCACGCUGGCCAACGCGCACUUCGACGAGUUCGCCGCGCUCCAGCCGGCCGCUUCGAAGAAGAGCAGCCUCAAGCGCAAGGCGCCCGCCGACGCCGCCGCCGCCGCCGACGAGCCCGAGACCAAGAAGAGGAAAGGCAUCACGUUCGACAGCGUGACCGUCUUCUAUUUCCCCCGAGCGCAAGGCUUCACCUGCGUACCGUCCCAAGGAGGUUCCACUUUAGGAAUGGGCGCUCAACAUUCGCACGUGCGGAAGUUCUCCAUCAGCGAACACGCCACGGAGCAACGAAGAAUCCACCGGCAACUACUGCAACAACUCAAAUCGGAACGGAACGUAACCAGCGGCACGGGCACGUCGAGCGACGAGAGCGACAGCGAGGACGAAAUCAGCGAGGCCAGCGACACCGAAGUCGAUCCGGACAACUACCACUUCCUGCAGCCGGUGCCGACGCGGCAGCGGCGCGCCCUCCUGCGCGCCGCCGGCGUCCGCAAGAUCGACGCCGUCGAGAAGGACGACUGCCGGACCAUCAGGACGUCGCGCGAGUUCUGCGGCUGCGGCUGCAAGGGCUACUGCGAUCCGGACACGUGCUCCUGCAGCCAGGCGGGCAUCAAGUGCCAGGUGGACCGGCUCAACUUCCCCUGCGGCUGUUCGAGGGACAAUUGCGGCAACUCCAGCGGCCGGAUCGAGUUCAAUCCGGUCAGAGUGCGUACUCAUUUCAUCCACACAUUAAUGAGGUUGGAGCUGGAGAAGGAGAAGGAGGAGAAGUCGGACAACAAGGAGGCCUGUCCGAGUUGGAUGGACAACGAGAGGUUGCUGGGGGUGCUGGAGAGCGGUCACGCUCCCGCCAAAGCGCCGAGUAAAUAUAACAAUAAUUUGCUGCGGGACGUGCCGUUGGCGACCAAUGUGGAAGCGGAGAAUUGCGUGCACACCGGCAGCUUCACGAAUCUUCAUUACGGGGCCCCCGGAGAGGGGCCGGGGCAGCUGCCGGAUAGAGCGGAUUCUUUGGACCUGUACACCUUCAGAGAGACCUGCUACAGCGAGGAUAACGGCCAGGAGGACAGGAACCAGCCGGGUUUCCUCUUUUCGAACGUUGGGUUCUCCAAUUACACACCGCCCCAGAACCACUACGGGCAACAGUCCUACAUAGAGAAAAAUCCAGUUUACCAAGGUUUCUCCGAAUUCUCGCCGAUCUUCAACCCGUACGCCAACAUGUACGUGCCGGAGUUCGCCCAGAAGCCGCUCGAGUGCGGCUUCCAGCAGCCGCCGCCGGCGGCGGGAGCGGCGCCGUUCGGCGCCGACGCCUUCGCGGAGCCGAAGGGCGGCCAGUACGCGAGUUUGAGCCCCGUGGCGUCGUCGGGCAAGGUGGAGUCGUUCUCGGAGCUGCUGAGCGGCCGGUACGGCGCGUACCCCGCCUACGAGGGCGAGUUCUCCGGGCUGGGCGAGUGCCAGCAGGGCGGCGAGAAGGGCGCCGAGCGGCCGGCCGGCGCCGACGAGGCCGACGAGAACUUCGGCGAGAUCAUCAAGAAGUCCAUGGUGGAGAGCGUGUCGGCGUAG